UUAUGUGCUGGUGUACCGUAAACAGUUUUUACAAUCAAUCUGUGCCUUUAAAAGCAACUACGCAACUUGUAACGCUACAAAUCAAUACACAUAGCGCGUAACAUCUUAUUUAUAAUCCCGCCAUGUUUGAAAUUGAACCUAAUUACACUCGUGUUAAACGCAAUGUAAAACAGAAAAAUAAUUUGAAUAACCUGCUUAUUAAUUACAUUCGUGUCGCUCAAAUAUUUGGCACGCUGCCAUUACGUUUGCAUCGUGAUGUAAACGAAGUAAAAUUCGACUGGUGGUACUACAAGACCAUCUACACUCUGAUAUUGAUUGGUUUAUUUAUAAUUUACACAAUAUUUCAGUUCUAUGAAGCUAUCUACAGUGCCAAAAACUUCUUUGCUUGUGUUGUGUUAACUUGGAAUUUAAGAACAACAUUAUCUCUUGUCACUUGCCUCUACACAGCUUACAAAUGGCCUUGUUUCAUAAAAAAGUGGACAUCCCUAGAAGCAAAACUAGAUGAUAUAUUCUAUGAUGAAAACAUCAAGUACAAUCCUAAACCAGCACUGAAUUAUCUUACAAUUGGGUUCAUUAUCGCUGGUUUACUCGAACAUUUUAUCUAUAUUGCAUUGAUGGUGGAAGCAACAAUUAACAGCAACCAAACAACAAUAACAAACAAUACAAUCGAGUUUUUUCGAUUUUUUUUCCCCGAUGUUUUCUCAAUGAUCGAUUUUUCAAUACCAGUCGCAUUGAUUUUGAUUCAUUUAAACUACGUUUCAACUUUUCAAUGGCAAUUUAUGAAUGUUUUCCUGAUACUACUGUGUGUUGUAUUGGCGCAACGUUUUCAACAGUUUAAUAUUCACAUCAAACAACUGAAUCGACAAAUUAAACUUAAGCAUAUUCUACGAGCUGAAUUUCUUGAUAUUUUUGCAGAAAUACGAAGAAUUUAUACAAUAUUAGUGGAUUUAUGCAAUUUGUUGAAUCAUGUUCUUCAAGAAUUAAUUUUUAUAGUUAUAGUUGGUGGAUUUUACUUUCUAACAGUGUUUAUCUUCGAAGGCAAAAGUGAUCAUUCAACAUUUCUGGACACAUUAUUCUAUUUCUAUAAAGGAUUUUUAAUCUGCAUUCAUUUAGUAGCUGUCUUUCUUUAUGCUUCAUGGAUUAAUGAAGAAAGUUUAAAGAUAUUGCAGUUUGUUUUUGAAUUGCCAACAAAUUACUACCACAAUGAGGUAGAAUACUUUCUGAAUUGUUUAGAAUCGCAAGUGGUAGCAAUUAAAUUUGUUGGAACGUUUGCAAUUCAUCGAACUGUCCUGUUAUCAGUAAUAAUUUGAAUUUUAUGUUUAA